AAUAAAAACCUCGGCUAGCGCCUGCUUGAGUUUGAAGCAUUGGAGGGUCCGAAUUCUCCCAAAGUCCCGAAACAUAAGCAAAGAAUUUAUAACGCAGACUUGAGAUUUUCUUUCUUACCCACCACACCGCACCGCAUCCCCACCCCAAAGACUUUGAAGAACUGGUUGAGAAUGGCCGCUACACCAAAUCUGGAGGAUGUGCCAUCGGUGGAUCUCAUGACGGAACUCCUCCGCCGUAUGAAAUGCGCCAACAAGCCCGACAAGCGCCUCAUCCUCGUCGGUCCACCGGGGUCGGGAAAAGGUACGCAAUCACCAGUAAUUAAGGAUGAAUAUUGUUUAUGCCAUCUGGCCACUGGUGACAUGCUUAGAGCUGCUGUUUCUGCCAAGACUGCCCUCGGUGUUAAAGCCAAAGAGGCCAUGGAAAAGGGAGAACUUGUUUCUGAUGAUUUGGUGGUUGGGAUUAUAGAUGAUGCCUUGAAAAAACCCUCUUGUCAGAAAGGUUUUAUUCUUGAUGGAUUUCCAAGAACAGUUGUCCAAGCGCAGAAGCUUGAUGAGAUGCUUGAAAAACGUGGGGUCAAGGUUGACAAAGUGCUUAACUUUGCAAUUGAUGAUGCUAUUUUGGAGGAGAGAAUCACUGGCCGCUGGAUUCAUCCAUCAAGUGGUCGUACAUAUCAUACAAAAUUUGCACCACCAAAAUUGCCUGGUGUUGAUGAUGUAACUGGAGAACCUUUAAUUCAGCGCAAGGAUGAUACUGCUGCUGUUCUGAAGUCAAGGCUUGAAGCUUUUCACAAGCAGACUGAACCAGUAAUCGACUACUACAGCAAAAAGGGUAUUGUUGCCAACCUACCAGCGGAAAAGCCUCCACAAGAAGUGACAUCAGAGGUUAAGAAGGUACUUUCCUGAUAAGGGGGCUGCCAGCUUUUUUGCCCGCUACAGAGAAAUAAACAUUUCAACUCUCGGCUUUUGGUUAUUGUAUUUUCCGAUACAUGUUUUGGAUUCCCAUGAGAGGCUACUAUUUCAGACCUUGUUUUGCUGAGUCAGUGUUAGCCAUUUGACUUGUUUGAACGGGCUACAGAAUAAUUUUAUCGACUUUUUGCAGGAGCUCUGCCUAUUGCAUUUUCUCUAUGGAUCAUGUUACAACAACAUAAAGGAUGACAUAAACUUUGGCAAAAUAACACCUUGUCACGAUCUUAUUAUUUUACACAUCAC